UCCACCGUUAAAAUUCACAACAACAAUAGAAAAGAAGAAAGUUUCAACUAAACUAACUGCUUUUCCAGACCCGCCAUUAAUGAGCUUGCAAAAAGCCUAGGGCUCUCACUCUCUCUGCCUGCUUCUUUCAGCAUUUCAAUAGUCCAAAUUGUCACCAUGAAUUCCGCUAAGAUUGCUGUUGUGGGAAGUGGAAUUUCAGGAGCAGUUUGCGCUUCAAUUCUGGCAAGAAAUGGGGUUUCUGUCACCUUGUUCGAAUCAGCUAGAGGACCUGGUGGCCGCAUGUCCCAGAGAAGAGAAGUAAGUGAAGAUGGGAAGGAGUUGUUAUUUGAUCAUGGUGCACCAUUUUUCACUGUCAGCAACACUGAGGUACUGGGUCUUGUUCAGGAGUGGGAAUCUAGAGGACUUGUGGCUGAGUGGAAGGAGAAUUUCGGGUCAUUCGAUUGUGCCUCGACCAAGUUUAUUGAUAGACAACAGGAACAAGUAGGUAAAAGGUAUGUGGGUGUCCCGGGCAUGAAUUCUAUAUGCAAAGCAUUAUGCUACGACCCUGGAGUGGAAAGUAAGUUUGGGACAAGUGUUGAGAAAUUGGAAUGGAUAGAGGAUGAAGAUUCGUGGUCGUUGAUGGCUCUGGAUGGACGGAAUCUUGGCCACUUUAAUGGAGUGGUAGCAUCGGAUAAGAACAUAGUUUCACCAAGGUUUACAAGUGUAACUGGACGAACACCACCUCUUGAUUUGAAUUUGGUUCCAGAGAUGGCGAAUAAGUUGCAGAACAUUCCUGUGCACCCGUGUUUUGCUCUCAUGCUAGCACUUGCACAGCCUCUAUCAUCUUCAAUACCUUUCAAAGGCUUCUCAAUUAAAAAUUCCGAAGUUUUGAGCUGGGCUUAUUGUGACAGCAGCAAGCCUGGCCGUUCUGCUGACAGUGAGCAAUGGGUUUUGCACUCAACAAUGGAGUAUGCUCGGAGUAUAAUUUCUCAAACUGGGCUUCAGAAACCUUCAGAAGCAACGCUGACCAGAGUCUCUGAAGAAUUAUUCCAAGCAUUACAAAGCACAGGACUUGUUCCUUUUGAGCCCUUUUAUAAGAAAGCUCAUAGGUGGGGAAGUGCCUUUCCAGCUACAAGCAUAGCAAGAGAGGAGAAAUGCCUUUGGGACGAGAAGAAGAAACUUGCCAUUUGUGGUGACUUUUGUGUUAGCUCCAAUGUAGAAGGUGCCAUUAUUAGUGGAAUGGCCGCAGCCUCAAAAUUUAAGGAGACUCUAAGCUGCUUAUAAUAGCUAUUAUGGUACUUAAUUGCAUGCAUCCAUGCAUAUAUAUAUAUAUA